UCAGCAUCUUCCUUUUACUCGCUCACUCCACCAUUCUCGCUCUGUUAAAGUUAGAGAGAGAAAGGGAGAGGAGAGAGAGAAAGGACCAUAAAUAGUUCCCCAAGAUUUCCCAGUAUCCCUGUCGAUAUUUUAUUACUCGCCGGUACUUUUUACUCUCCUCAUAUUUGUUCUCUUUUAAGUAUCCUCUGCUUUCUUUAAAGAGCCUCCACUCCCACUGCCUCCUUUUCCUCUUUACCUAUUUCCCUUAGAUUUAGCUUCUCUUUCUGUUCUGGAAGUUCAGAACUGAUGAAGAUCCAGUGUGAUGUGUGUAACAAGGACGACGCUUCGGUGUUCUGCACUGCCGACGAGGCCGCCCUCUGCGACGCCUGCGACCACCGUGUCCACCACGCCAAUAAGCUCGUUUCCAAGCACCACCGUUUCUCUCUCGUCCACCCCUCGUCUAAGGAGUUCCCCGUCUGCGAUAUCUGUCAGGAGAGAAGAGCCUUCUUGUUUUGCCAGCAGGACAGAGCGAUUCUGUGCAGGGAGUGCGACCUUCCAAUUCACAACGCCAACGAGCACACCCGGAAGCACAACCGAUAUCUUCUUACAGGUAUUAAGCUCUCCGCCACCUCCGCCCUCUACAAAUCUUCGCCGCCGCGGCCAACUGUAGCAACUGCUAGUUCUGAAACCGCCUCUACCGAUCUCAAAAAGCAUCAACCUUCAACCAAGAAAUCUGUUUCCGCCGCCUCCCCUGCAAUUUCAAAUCCAAACCCACCUCCUAUUUCUGUCAAGAAUUCAACUUCAACCGCUGCAAUCGACAAAGGCGGUGGAAAUUUGGUGGGUGCGACUAGUACCAUAUCCGAGUACUUGAUAGAGACGCUUCCGGGCUGGCAUGUUGAGGAUUUUCUUGAUUUUUCUAAUACCCCGUUUGGUUUCUCUAAGGUCGACAAUGAUAUGAUGCUGUCGUUUUCGGAAACCUAUCCGGAAAGCAAUCUGAACUCUUUCUCGUCGGAAAAUAUGGGGAUGUGGGUCCCACAGGCAUCACAAGCACCUCCGUAUCAAUAUUCACAGAUGGGCGGUGGGUUCGUUGGCUUCGAAGAGACAAAGGAGGGUACAAACAUGAAGGCCAGCAACAGAAGAAUGUGGAUGGAUGACGGCUUCACGGUUCCUCAGAUUAGUCCUCCAUCUGUUGGCUCCAAGAGGUUCAGACCUUUCUGACAGAACAUUUAGAGCGGGGAGG